AUAUAUAUAGUAUAUGAGUAACAAAAGAUAAAGUAAUAUUGAUAAAUGCGCAAAGCGUCGUCGCGUUUCCUAUCCCGGUGAACGGCGUCCGCGCUGGUCGACGCGCAACAAUGAGUACGUUUUCUAGUAGCUAGGCCGAGAGUGGGCGAGAGAAAGAGAUUGGUGGUAGGAGAGAGGUUGAGUGGGAAGAAGGGGGGGGAAAAAGUAAGGUAUGGAAUGAGUGAAGGUGGUAACGUGGAGGGAGGAGAGGUAGUCGCGUGUAGGGAGCAAUGCGGUGGAAGCGCCUCUCGCGGUAAACCGGCGAAACUAUACUCGCGGAAAUAAUUAUCGCGAUUUAUGUUAUUUGCAAAUACGAACGGGGAUUAAUUAAUCGCUGUAACAUGUCGAAUAGGAACGAUUAGGGGGCGAACGGGUGUUGUCGCCGUUGCCACCUAUCUAUCGAUAGUGCGAGUGAAAGGAGUUGGCUGCCCGGUGCGGGAAUGGACUUGGCAGAAACUAUGAAAAAUAUUGUCGCCAAAGGUAUGCAAACAGAGAUGGGUCCACCGGGUGGAGGUUCUGGAUACCCUGGUAACCCAAGCAGUGCAGGAUAUGUAACAGAGAAAACAUAUAUGUUAAUUCAAGCAUAUUUGCAAACUAAAAGUUGGAAUCCUAGCAUUGAAUUGUUACAAUGUAUAGCCGAAUAUAAGGAUGGAUCUAUAAUACCAAGUGCUGCGUACUUACAAAUGAUGGCAUCUAGAAUGGCAGUGGAUUCACAAGGAAGAUUGGUUUUGAGAGAAAAUGGGAAAAUAAUAUUACCUUAUGAACAUUUUGCCAAUGCUGUGAUGAUGAAACACAUAACUGGGCCACAGGGUAUACAUUUGGGACUCGAGGGAACAGUUAGGGCCGUUAUGGAAUCUUAUACAAUUGGACGAGAAUAUUUUGGAAUGGAGAAGGAAUUUAUCAUUGAGGUUGUACAAAAUUGUCCAAAUCCAGCUUGUCGGUACAAGAAUCAAUUCGAGAUGCAAAAGAUGGGCCAUAUGGCACCUACGUAUAUUCAAGAAAAUGAAGCUACAACAUCCCUCUUACGUACAGGUUUUCCACAUAAUACAGAUUUUCAACCAGCAUUAAGCGGUGCUAAUCCUAAUACACACUUACCCAUUGGGACUGGUGCAGACAUGUCAGAAAUGAGAGGUGGUGGGAACCAAAUGAAUAUACAACGUCCACCGAGCCGUCCAUCUUUAAAUAUUCCACAUCGGCCUGUGUCUCAAGAAAAAAAAGUAUCAACCAAUAAACAGCAUUAUGAAUCACUAAUAUCUAAUAUUCCUAUAUCAGAUCACAAAUUAACAGAAUUUUUACGAACAAAUCUGGAUAAUUUGGACAGCCUUAGUGGACUUGGUCUAGGUAAUCUUCAAAGUUUAAGCAAUGCAAAUAAAGAUCUGUUAGCUUUACAUAAUGGUGCUUGGUCGUUAGAAAAUGAAAAGGGUUCACGUUCGGGUUCUUCAAACUUGGAAGUUGGACAAGAAAAGAUAAUUAGAGCUUAUACAGAAGUUAUAAAAAACACGGCCAGGAUGAAGGCUUGUAUACGUCCUGCAAUGUGCAAACCAUAUGGAAAACAAUCUGAAGCAUUACAAAAAACUUUGGUCGAUACGAUACAGCUUGUACAAUCUCUGAGAAGUAUUAUACCACCACCUAUUAUACCAAUUGUGAGCUGGAAAAAUGAAGAUAAACAUCGGUUAGAUCAUACCAGUACUCCUUAUCUUCCGGCAUUAAAAGCUGGUGGAUUAGAAGAAUUAUGCGAACAGCGCAAGCUAGACUAGAUUUAGACAGUUUUAGCUUAAAUAUUAUAAGACCAAUGUUUCGUCUUUGCGCUCUAUGGUGUUCUAGUCAGAAAGUGUAUAAUGAUAAUGGGUUGUUUAAUUUAUUAUAAACAACCCAAAAAGGAUUGCUCAAAGUUGUUGGCAUUUAGGACUUUCAAAUACUAAGAGACAAAACGAGUCAUGCGUGGACUGUGAUAAACGUGGGUAGCAAAGAAAUUUAUAUGUAGAAAUGAGAAAUCACUCACGGCGUUAAAUUAGAAAUUCAGGUUUAGCGUUAUAUUGUUAUUAUCAUUUGAUUUUACGUUUAAAAAUUUUACCUAUGGAGCUUAUAUAAAAUCGAAUCGGUUAUGUUCACGUCUAUUUAUAGUUGAUAUUGUAGAAUUAUUUUAAUAACUCGCCACUUGUGUUCCAAUGAUUACCUGAUUAAAAAUAUAUUGCAGUUUUCUAAAAAAAAAAAAAAAAAAGAAAAAAUGUUCUACAUAUAUGUAUUAUCAUUAUUAUCUAUACAUUUAUGAAUUUAUAAUUAUGUAAUCGGUGCAAGGAUAUAGACAUUAAUUGAUCUUUUUGUAAAUUUAAGAUUUUAGAAUUCGUACGAUCGGACAAAGAUUACAAACACGAUGAUGCAUUGGAAGCUUUAAAGCACAAAGAAGGAAUUGUGAUUCCAUAAAUACUCAUUGUAUUAUUUACAUUUUGUACGUUUGUUAAACUUAGUAAGAGAGAGAGAGAGAGAGAGAGAGAGAGAGAGAAUGUGUGUGAGAGAGAGAGAGAGAGAGGGGGGAGAGAAAGAGAAAAGAAUUUAUUAUUUAUGUUAUAUAAAAAUGAAAAAGAGAGAUCUGAUCGAGAGUUCAACGUUCAUGAUUAUUAACUAAAUACGCAUCUUUGUUUUCUCUCGAAAGGUGCAUUUGUUUUAAUAUUUAUUUGUAGAUUUAUAAAGAAAAACAUAUAUAUUGUUGUUAUUUCUAGUUUUAUUAAUUAUAAAUGUCUACAAUCUAUGUAUAAGAGGAAUUAUAGGUAAUAACGCGAGACAUAUAUAUAAGUUCCAUAGGUAAAAAAAAAAAAAAAGAAAAGAAAAAAAAGGAAGAAAACCGUGUGACAUGUACGUUGCACGCAUUAGACUUGAUUAAAAAAAAAAAAAAAGAAAAAAAAAUAAAAAAAAGAAGGAAAAAAAAGAAAAGAAAAGAAAAAGAGAAAAGAAGCAAACGAAACCGAUAAAUAUUUGUUGAAUGAUAAAUUAUUUCGUUAUUAUACGAUAACAUCGAAGGAAAAUAAAUUCUAGUUGUGUCUUUAAAAUUGUGGUUGGGGUCGACGUUAAAUCAUCAUUUUUUAUCAUGUAUAUGGAAUAUUGAUUAGGAACUUUUUUACCUCUGUCGAUCGAUACCACAACGUAAUUUAUAAAAAGAAAAAAAAAAAAAAAAAAAAAAAAAAUUAGCUCCUUUCAUCAAAUAAUAUUUUUCAUUAGAUUUCGUUGUUGAUAAAAAAAAAAAAAAAAAAAAAAAAUAAAAAAAUAAAAAAAAAAUUAGAAAAAAAAGAAGAAAGAGAAUGUGUGUGUGUGUGUGUGAGAGAGAAAGAGAGAGAGAGAGAGAGAGAGAGAGAGUGAGAGUGAGAGUGAGAGAAAGUAAUAAUUCGAAAUUUCAUCGUUAUAAACGCAUUUCUACGACGAUGGUGAAAUGUUUCCUUCUCUUUCUUAUUAAUAUUUAAUAUUAAAUAUUAUAAAUGUGUAUACACACGAUUAUAUAUAUAUAUAUAUCUGUGACGACAAGUGGAGUGAGUGUGAUGAAAGAUUUGUUUAAGUGUGUGCGUGGUCGAUGAGCGUUAAUAACUUUGGCUAUAAAAUAGCAAAAUUUUAUAUGGACGCGUAUCUAUAUAUUAUAACUAUCGAAAUACUAGUUUUUUUCUUUUUUUUUUUUUUUUUUUUUUUUUCGUUUCCUCUAAUUACGUUUACACGAAUGUGUCUUCUGCAUUUGCAGCUACUAAUAUCGUGCCGAUCACGUUGUUUAUUUACAUUGUUUAUACUUUCAUCAAUAUAAAGCUGCGCUAGUUUAAAAUACGAAACGCUGAACAAACAACGACGACGAAUUGCGUAGCGUCGAUCCCACUUAUCAUGUAUUUCCGGAUUAAAAAUAGAUGGACUCAUUUCUCUCGUAGUAAUUAUUAUAAAAGAAAAAUGAUGAAAAAAUUGAAUAAAAAAAAAAAAAGUAUAUAUAUAUAUAUAUAUGUAUGUAUAUAUAUAUAAUCAAAAAAAAAAAUAAAUAAAUAAAUAAAAAAAUAAAAAAAAUUAAUAAAGAAAUAAAAAAAUACAAAAAAGAAGAAAGAAAACGACAAAAAAAAGAAGAAGAAGAAAAGAAAAAAAAAAAGGAACAAACACGCAAACUUCGUGACCGUUUGUCUUGCUGUCGAAGAUUAUCGACAUAAUUAAGCAUAUCCAUGACUAAGUCUUCGCAACUAUACCAAAUUGAGAACAAAAAAAAAAAAAAGGAAGAAAGAAAAAGAGAAAAAAGAGGAAGAAAAGGAGCAUUCGUAAGAUAUAUAUAUGUAUAUAUAUAUAUAUAUAUAUAAAUAUCUGAGUAAUCGUUCAAUCGAAAUCUAGAACAUUGAAACGACCUAUAUAAAUCUCGAUGUGUGUUAGGUUCCUCAGUGAUAUAUAUAUAGAUAUAUAUAUAUAUAUAUAUAUACCUAUCCGAAAAAGCGUAUUGUUCUUCUCUAUCGCGUCGUUUUAUCGAUACCGUAAUUCGCAUACACGUUACAACGCACACUCUAACUUUGACAGUAAGAUGAUUGUAAAUUGCGCACCGUUGUCAGUCGAUCCGGUAUUACCAAGCCCCGGAGGACACGAUCAACGAUAUCGUGCACCAAACGCUAUCUCGCCUGUGUCUGCACACUAAGCUCUCGUUGUCGCUUGCCAGUAUUGCUCCUCUGUACUCUCGCAUUAUUCUAUUCCAUAACUAUUGCGAUUAUUAAAGUUUUUACAAGUGUGA